AUGGCCGCACAACUCCCUACUGUGGCCACUACGGCCGCCACCCCGGUGAUGGCGAGAAACAGCAAGAAAAGGCCCGCCAGCCCUGCAAACAACAGCAGCAGCGGUGGCUGCAAAAGCAGCCGCAAGAAGAAGAAAGUGGGGGCCACCGGCUUCUCCCAGGGUGUCAGCAUGGAGACGAGUGAGAGUAAGGUAGUGACCCCUGACUUUAGCACAGGACCUACAGAAGCCACUCCCAAGCCAUUGCCAUUUAAGGAUCCCAACUUUGUGCACUCGGGCAUCGGGGGAGCCAUGGCAGGCAAGAAGAACAGGACCUGGAAGAACCUAAAACAGAUUCUUGCUUCUGAAAGGGCAUUGCCAUGGCAACUCAACAAUCCUAGCUACUUCAGUAUAGAUGCUCCCCCUUCCUUUAAACCAGCCAGGAAGUAUUCUGAUAUUUCAGGACUUGUUGCAAACUAUACAGAUCCACAGAGCAAGUUAAGAUUCAGCACCAUUGAAGAGUUUGCUUACAUUCAGAUGCUCCCUUCAGAUGUAGUUACAGGCUACCUGGCUCUGAGAAAGGCCACAAGCAUAGUCCCCUAAGCCUGGUGGAAUUUUCUGAGAGGAAGCAUGGACCUCUUUCAAAGGCAGACUUUGGACUCAAGAUUUUGUUUCCAGGAAACAUUCAUAUUGUUGUCAAUCUGGAAAUGCCAGUAUAGUGCCUUGGAAAGAAUGUUUGGUUUUAAUAUAAUUUAAGAUUUUUCUUUAUUUGCUUUUUUAGAAGUUUGACAUUUUCAGCUAAA